AUGAUACCGAAAACAGCAUCCCGCUCCCCCUCCAUUGCCUCUUCUCUAGCCGACUUUCUCAACACCCAUUCAGACCUGCAUCUCGGCGGCGAAGGGGACUUCCACCAGGAGCGUAGACACCAUUUAGAAGUCCUUGGAUUCCAUGCUUUGCCAGAUGACAUGAAGGCGCCGAUUGGACAGGUGGAGUAUACGGCCGUGAAAGGGCCGCAUGGGACGAUUCCAAUUCGCUUGUUCCACCCAAAAGCCAAAGCUUCCAUAGACGGGGGCCAAGCAGCCGCGCUGGUGUAUAUGCAUGGAGGAGGCUACACAGUUGGCUCGGUAGAUGAGUUUGAGAAUGGAUUGAGGUUGGUUGCUGAAGCGGCGGGUGUGAAGGCAUGUCAAUUCAAUCGAUAUGUACACUAUAAGGAAGAAAAAAAAGAACUAACAGACAGCCAGACCAUCGGCGUUGACUACCGCCUCGCCCCUGAACAUCACUUCCCAACACAACUAGACGAAUACUCAGCCGUAAUCGACUGGGCGCAGGGUCCCGAGGGUCAACGCCGCGGAAUCAACCCCGAUCUCGUCUACGGAGGCGGCGAUUCCGCCGGGGGCAACAUGACCGCCGCACUCGCUCUGCGCCGUCAGGACCAAGGACUCAAGAACAUGGCUGGCCAGAUCCUUUUGUAUCCCGAGGCCAGGAUACCAUUCGACACGCCGGCGGCCGAGGAGAACAACACCGGCGGGAGUCUGUAUCUGGUAUGCAAUGGGAUUUUUAGCUUUGCGGAUCAUUAUCUGCCCAAAUCGCCGCGCGACAAAACAUACCCGCCGAGUCACCGGUAUGUGAGUCCCGGUAUGCAAAAAGUGGAGGACUUGCAGAAAGAUCUCCCUCCUGUCGCGCUCUUUACGUGCGGAUGGGACCCGCUGCGAGAUGUCGGGGUUGAGUACGGGAGCAAGCUACAGGAGGCAGGCGUGCGUGUUAAGUGGCACCAUUAUGAGGAUUUGACGCAUGGCUUCUUGCAGUUUGCGCCGUGGUCCAGAGAGUGCAUGGAGGCUACGAUGGAUGUGGCGAGGGAGUUGAAGAGGUUGGCUUAUGGUUCGCGGUUUCAAUAG